UGACAAUUGACGUCUCCGGUUUUUGAAUUUGAGGUGUACAGCAGAAAUAAAAUGAAAUCAUAAUUUUUAUUUCUAAUUUCUAUCUAUCACUGGAAUUAAAUAAAACAAGCAAACACAGAAAACAUUCAAAUAAGUGAAGUGAAUAUCUAAUUGAAUUUAAAAAGCUUUUAACUCUUUCACCUUUGAUUUGAAGACAUCCAAAUCAUAUUUUAUACAAAAACAUUUAUAGAAAAAUAAAUAUUCUAUCUGAAAUCUCAACUUACAAAAUGUUUGGAAUAAAGAAAUUAAAUAAUAUAGUUAAAUUAAACAGUAUAAUUAGAAGUAGUACCAUUUCACGGAAGUGUUGUGCUCCAUUGUGUCAACAAAAACGGCUCAAAAGUGAUCUAUAUGAGCCAGACUAUCUUAUUAGUAUGGAACCAGAUGAGCCUGUUUAUGACUGUUUGAAUUUUCAACUAAAGGGAUAUGAUUUCACUGUGCUUGAAUCUUGCCAAAAAGAAAUACAUAGAUAUGCUGAAAUAAUGGGAAUACAGGUUGAAGAAUGCUGGGCUACACCAGCUCAACAGUUAAAAGUUCACCGCUACAAACCUGCAAGCACAGCAGUAGAGUCUGAAUAUCAUUUAAAUGUCUAUGAAAGGAAUGUUCAGGUAAGUGAUGUCCCCGCGUGGGCCCUCGGUACGUUGCUGCGAGUGUCGCGCGCACUACUGCCCGAGGGGUGUACGCUCAAUGUGCACGAACACACGCCUGACCACGAGGAAAUCCGCUACGUGCCGGACAACGAGCUGAUCGACUUGCAACAACAGUUGGAAGACAUGGGAGGAGCUCGCGCUGAGAAAAAGAAGAAAAAAUAGUGUUGUCUAUGGCUUUUUUAUAAUGAAUAAUUGUGUAGAUAUGAAUGUAGAGUUUAUAAUAUGAAAUAAAACAAUGUUUUUUAAUAA